AUGUCUGGAGGGGCACGAUGGGACCGGUCUCGAUGGACCACCAAUCCCUUCUAUGCCCUCGUUAUCUUCAUCAUCGCCUGUGGCAGUAUCCCUAAAGGUUAUGACGAAGGUGGCUACAGCGCCAGCGUCAAGCUGGACUCGUUUAAAACCGACUUCAACCUGAUCUCUUCCAACUGGACAAAUGAUCCGACCGGGUUAACCAACCGCAAGGCCAACAUCACCUCCUUUAAUGUAUUGGGGGCGGCCUUCGGCGCCUUGUUUGCUCUGGACUUGAACGACCGUUUCGGCCGCCUGCAGUCCUGGCGCUUGUCUUGCCUGGUGUGGGCCUCUGGCAUGCUCAUCCAGGUCUUCUCCUCCGGCAUAUAUGGACUGUUGUUAUUUGCAAGGAUCUGGAGCGGACUAGGAGCCGGGGCCCUGACCGUCGUUACACCGUUGUAUCUAUCGGAGAUUGCACCCGCCAGGACUAGGGGCUUGGUAGUUAGUGUGUAUAUGGUCAUUCUGUUGGCUAUUUUAGCUCUAGGGUUCUUCAUCAACUAUGGGGCAAGCCGGCAUAUGGCUCCCACCCGGACUCAAUACCGACUGGUGCAAGCUAUCCCCCUAAUCCCUGUGGGCCUCGCCUUUUUCGCCUCUUUCAUCGUUCCCGAAACACCCCGCUACCUCGUUUCGAAACAACGCCACGAAGAAGGACGGGCGGUGCUCGCUCGUCUCCGUGGCAAGGACAUCUCCGAUCCAGAAAUCGAAAAUGAAUUCGACGCCAUAGACGCACAGGUGCGCACCAAGGCUACGGACCUGGCAUCCGUCUCGCACUGGACCGCCUUCAAGGAGACCCAGCUCAACCCGAACUACCGCCAACGCUUCUGGCUCCUCAUGGCGAUGCAGACCAUCGCACAGUGGACCGGCGGCAACGGCAUCACCUACUACGUUUCGAAUAUUUUCGAAUAUGCCGGCGUCACGGGGAAUGACACUUCGCUGAUCUCCUCUGGCGCGUACGGCAUCGUCAAGCUCGUCUUCACCAUGGCUUUCACCUGGGGCUUGAUCGAUCUCCUGGGCCGCCGUCGCUGCGCACUGACGGGGCUUUGUCUGCAACUCGCCGCCCACAUCUACAUGGGAAUCUACAUGGGCCUGCAGCCCGGAUCAAGCAACAACAAGUCUGCCUCCGACGCCGCCAUCGCCUCCGUCUUCGUCUACGCCGUCGGCUGGUCCGUCGGUCUCUGCACCAUCCCCUACCUUUACGGCACGGAGAUCUUUCCCACGCGCAUCCGCAACGUCAGCUACGCGCUCAGCAUGUCCCUGCACUGGUUCUUCCAGUUUGCCGUGGUGCGCGUCACGCCCAACAUGUUCGACUCCCUGCACGUCUGGGGUGCCUACCUCUUCUGGGCCAUCAUCUGUACUCUAGGCCUGGUUAUCCUGGGCGUCUGGAUGCCCGAGACCAAGGGCGUUCCCAUCGAACGUAUGGGCGACCUCUUCGAUGGACCCUGGUAUCUUCGCUGGAAGGCGCGGCCCCAUGCCGAUUCUUCUCCCGUUACCUCGUCUCACUCGGCGGGUGUGCAGUCCCAAUUUGAGACCCAUUUUGAUACCAAACCGGCAGAUACGCAGAAGACGGCGUAUCAGUCCUAA